GACCAAGCCUCGUCGGGGGGACUUUUAGCAUGAGGCCGGGCCGUAGAAGCCGAACUCGUCUCGAGUCAAUUUAGACUGUCUAGGCGCAUUUCCGUGAUAUAAGAGUGGAUACAUCAGGUGAACCCGGGAAUUGCUUACCUCGCGUUACCUUGGGCAAGCCGUUCACAUUCAUUUGCGCGGGUACUUCUACUGCUCCAUGCAAGCGUUUCUGAAGUUCAACUCAUAAUUAAUGGCCACCAAUACGACAUCAAGCGCACGCAUACCUUUCCCCUCACUGCCGCCACCCGGCAAAUUUGCCUUUGCACGUCUUUGCAGUGACCGUGAGGUCUACCUAGUACAAUUAACAGAAUCCUGUCGCUUCCUUUGUGGCGACCUUUCAUGUCCCCAAAAUGCCCCAAAUACCUGCUGCAUGAAUGAUACCCAAAACAUGUCAAUAACGUUACGCCUAUUCCGUCACGAAUUCAUUUCUAUUUUCCGUCUUGCGGGGAGCAAGACUUUGCGGCUGUCCGACAUCCGUAUUUUGGAGGUCAUAGACGACACGGCGAAAAGAUACGAGGAGGAACAAGGGGUGGUGUUCCUGGCUAGAGGGUUGGUCAGCGGAAUGCGGCGCUAAUCAUGACGAGUCGUUGUCUGACGGGGUUUACGUCGAGGAACGGCGUUGAGUGACAGGACCAGGUUGUGAAGGAAUGCUGACACAUUGGACUGCUGGAUCGUCUGUGGAGCUGUCGGCGAACCUUGUAGGCGUUAUCUCCAAGAUUACUUAUGAUAAUUCAUUAUAAUUAAGUUUGUGUCGUUUUUGAUACUGACGCGUAUGCAUAUGCUGGAUACUUUCGUCAUUUCUCGUUCAUCCGACAGGGUAUAACUAUAUAUUUUUUGAAUCAACUUGAAUCACUCGUAUGUACUAUGUAU